ACCAACACCACAGAUUUGAAUAAAAACACCGCCGAAUAACCUCCAAAGCAUAUAAGAUUUCUAAACAUUUUCUAAAUAAUAAUUUAAAUUAUAAUAAUGCCACCGAAAAAGGGCGCAGCAAAGCCAGCAGCGAAAGGCGGCAAAAACGAGGAUGGCGACAAAGGUGGCAAAGAGAAAAAAGGCGGUAACUCAGUAAAAGUACGGCAUAUCUUGUGUGAGAAGCAGAGCAAAUGUUUGGAAGCACUUGAAAAACUCAAAGCUGGCCAGAAGUUCAAUGAAGUUGCUGCCACAUAUAGUGAAGACAAAGCUAGAUCAGGUGGUGAUCUGGGUUGGAUGAUCAGGGGCUCUAUGGUCGGGCCAUUUCAAGAUGCUGCUUUUGCGCUGCCAAUUUCUUCAUUAGGAAAUCCUGUUUAUACUGACCCACCUGUUAAAACUAAGUUUGGAUAUCACAUUAUUAUGGUUGAAGGGAAGAAGUGAACAACUAUAGGCAACCACUCAUACACCAAUUGUCGACAUUUGGAAAUUUUUUUUCAGAGAUAUUUUUAUUAAAAGACUAUUUUUGGUCUUUUUUAAUAAAACAUGCAAAUAUCCUCAAUAGCUUACUGAUAAAUUCAA